GUGGUACUAGGUACUGUAUUGUUAUGUAGUAGGUAGCCUGCGAGCCCUAGGCAUAGAAGUAUCUAUCUAUACAUCUUCAUAUGAGGCUACAGUGCAACUACGGGGGUUAUUACGGGAGUCAUUCAUGCUUUUUCGUCUGAUUCUAGAGGAGAGCCAAGUCAAUCGACGGUGCGAAGCCAUGAAUGUUGCCGUAGUUAGGAUGCAGUCGGCCUCUUAUCCGGAUUCCAACUCAGCAUGGAUCUGACAAAGUCGAAGAACAGCGGUAUGUCGGACGUGGAGGAGGAGGAGGAGGAGGAGGAGGAGGAGGAGGAGGAGGAGGAAGUGGUAGCAGAAUAUUGGCCUCGGUCCUCGAGAUUGACACUCGGAACCGUCUUGUCGGUCCUCCAUUUUCCCAUCGCUAGCGGUGGAAAUCUUCAGCGCCUUGAAUUUCUGGCUGAAGUAAUGUCAGCUGCGGAAGAUGAUACAGUCAGAAGGUCGUACUCCUGAUCAGUGCAGAACCAUAUAGUUGAGCUCCUGCCGAAACCAAGCUGGACCUUCACGGCAUACGACUAAUUGAUAAUAUCGCCUGGCUUGACUGGAUAGUAUCUCGAAGGUCGAUAUCCUGAAAGACAUUCUUCAUCGAUAGGAUCCAUCCCGCGGCGGCACUGUGCAUCGCUCGCGCGCAAGCAGCAACACGGACCUUGGCUGAGAAGUGGGUAACCGUAAGGCCGAAGGUAGCGGGAGAGAAUAGACCACCCAUCGUCUUGAGCGUGAAGGUCGAGUGUGUUCAUUAUUCGAGCAAAUGCUGGUCUAGGUAGUCUGACUCUCAGAUUGGGUACAACGUUGUACAGCCGUUUUCCUCGCUUAAUCGACCAAUUACUCCGUGGGCUAUGUAGAAACAGCACUAACAUGAACUCCCUCUGUCUCUCUGGAUUCCAGCUGGAUCUCAUGCGACUUCUUGUUAAUAACGACUCCAAACCUGCAAUGUGCCUUAGUUCGUGUGAUCAAUUGGCAAUUCGCUAUCCGCAUGAUCUAGGGGCGAAGGAACGGAGAGCUGAGACUCGAUUUAAAUGGCAGUCCAUGUGUAUAGCUAUUCAGCCUCGGGGGGAUCAGUUCUUGUUGCCAUGGCUAAUAAUCAGAGUCACAACUGGUUCGAAAUCGUGGUCUUGUUGCAGUUCGAGGGUGCCUGCUCGUGACUGGUAAUGGAACCCAUGUGUGUGAACGAGUUAGUCCUUUGGGAUCCCAUGGUUCGUGCGCAGUGUGGAAGGGGAAAGCAUAUAUGUAUACUAAGACAGAGAGAAGUGGUUGACACAAGGUUGACUCUCAGGUGGGAGUCAAGGGCGCCAAGGGCCAAGAGAUCUGCUUAGCAUACAGGUACCUGAAUACAACAAGGUAAGAGGUACAUGUAGGAGGACUAAGGAGGUAGCAACAUCUCCAUGAAGCCCCAUGAGCCCAACAAAUAACGAUAAUUGUUGACAGAAGUGAAUGA